AUGGAUGAUCAGGAUCAAGAGGCCGCCCACGUUUCGGUGGCACUGCAACAGCUCAGAAGCUUGGGUCAAGAAUCCGACGUUGCGCGCGCCACCUGGGAACUGGCCAACAAAAUCGAGACGAUCGACAAGCCGUUUGAUAUCAAUGUUGAAGAGCAGCGACAAAUCCGGGCCGCGAACCCUUGGGAAAAAGACCCGCACUACUUCAAGGAGGUCAAGAUCUCGGCCGUGGCAUUGAUCAAAAUGGUCACCCAUGCGCGUAGUGGCGGAAAUCUUGAGGUAAUGGGUCUGAUGCAAGGCCACGUCGAUGCGAACACGUUCGUCGUCACUGAGAGCUUUGCACUGCCCGAGCCUUGGGUGGCGGUUGUUAUCGAUCCGCUACGCACGAUGAGCGCUGGAAAGGUCGACAUCGGUGCUUUCCGCACCUACCCCAAGGGAUACAAACCGCCAGAGGAGCGUGGCGGAGCCAAUGAAUAUCAGAGUGUGCCCCUGCACAAAAUCGAAGAUUUCGGCGUGCACUGCAAGCAAUAUUAUUCCCUGGACGUCACCUUCUUCAAAAGCGCUCUGGACGAUAAGGUGCUGAAGUCGAUGUUCAACACCUAUUGGAUCAACUCGUUGCGCGCAUCGCCAAUCUUCGCCAAUUCCGACUACAUCAACGCGCAGCUAAGCGAUUUGGCGGGCAAGACGAAGCAGAUCGAACGCCAUUGUCAAAGGCCCGAACGUAACGCCAAGGAUGUUCUGGAGAAAGUUGAAAAGUUGGUCAGCGAUGCCCAGACAGUAGGCGAAGAGUUGCAGUGCGGAAUGUUGUCGAUGGAGCUGAAAAAGAAUCUCUUCUCUCGCCCCCUGUGCCGAUGCCGCGAAGAUGCCGUGGCUGAAGAGCAGAUGGCCGAA